CCAGAGGGGACAGAGGACCAAGGAAGGGGUUGUUCUAGGAGGGCCAGGGCAGGAGAGGAUCUGGGAGGAGGUCACAGAAUCAUAGAAUGUCUUAAAUUGGGAGGGACAUUAAUGAUCAUCGAGCUCCAGCCUCAGUGAUUUGGAGAGAUGGUACUGCAGUGUCCCAGGGAGAGGAUGGACCCCCAGGGGGAGGAAUUCAAGGCUGGGAGGGACCAGGAAGGUGUUCUGAUGGAGGAGGAGCAGACACGGAGCCUCAGGGGCAGUUCCUGGGGAGGAGGCCCAGGGGAGGUGGAGGAGGCCCUUGGGCGGGCUGGGACUGGCCAGGACACCACAACGUUGCCAGGUGACAGACAACAGCGUGCCGAUCAGCUCCGGGCUGCAUUGAGCUCGCUGACCUCUCCUCUUUUACCAGGGAGGUGCCACUCUGUGCCCCCCAACCAUCACACAGCUGAGCCCAGCUGCAUCCUGCUUGGGACGUUCACUCUGAAGCGUAAUGAGGACCUUGAGCCUUCUGGAGCAGAACCCUGCAAUCUGGGGUGCUCCAUCCGUAUCCUCCCUGCAGCAGCGCAGUGCUGGGACACGUGGCAGAGCCUGCAGUGCCUCUCCUGACACUGUCAGUGUCUGUGGGACGGCCGGGGCUCCCGCUGAGGGCAGAGCUCUGGCUGCAAAUCCCAGCUUGGGGGGCUCCAGACCUGUUGCUCCCCACACAGGGCUGGUGGAACGUGGAGUGCGAAGCUGCUGGGGGUCACGGUGGGGCAGCAGGAGCAGCUCCAGCUCUGUCUGCACCGAGGAUGUGGCUGCCAGGUGUUGGGAGGACACAGGGGGGAUCUACGAGGAGGAGGACGAUGGCAGUGGGCAGGAUGGGGCCCUGCUCCCAUGGCAGUGCCCUGAGCAGGAUGAGUCCCCAGAGCUGAUGAGGAGGGGAAGCCUGGAGUCACUGGGAGCCAGGAUAUCCAGGCUGAGCCAGAGUGGGGCUGAGACCCCCUGCCUGGCCUCCUCCAAGCACCAAGCACAGGGCAGGGGGGAUGCAUCCCACUGGGGACCACACUCCAAGGCAAAGCCCUCAGUCACCUCUCUGCAUGGUGGGGAUGGGGACGCUGGACAUCUCCGGAGACCCUCAAGCAGCUCAGCCAGCAAGAGCAGGGCCAGGGCUGUGGGACAUCACAGAUGGCAGGAGCUACCAGCACGCCGGGGGUGGCAUGGGGGGGAUUUCAUCCUCACUGCCAAGAAGGAACAUGGAGAUGGGCGGAAGAGAGCUCUCUGCACCAAAGCAGCAGUGGGACCUGCUGGGAGAUGCAGCCCCUGGGCAGAGAGGCAGCAUGGGGUGUCCUGCCCAGGGCAUGCAGCAGAGCCCCGGUGGCAGCACUGGAAGCAGAAGGCCAUCCUGUCCCACAGGGUGCGUGUGGAUGGGCAUGGUAGGGUGGCUGUCCCCAUAUGGAGGUCCUUGGGUCCCACACAGGACCUUUUCCAGACCCCACAAUGGCCAUGGAAAGGCUGUCAGCACGGGGACGUUUAUCAAAGAAAUGAAUUGCGAAUGAAAUCCUGAAGAAAAACCCUCCAGCAUAGGGGCGAUUGUUCAAAACCAGUUUGUAAAAGUCAUUGCCUUCAUCAAGUUAAUUAGCUGCAUAAGUGCUGGCUGAACGCCGCAACAAUGCCCAAGGCUGGAUGGAUUAGUGCCAUCCACCCUUGUCCAUCCUGCUCCCUCCAGCUGGCAGCGCUGCGCCGGGCCCUGAGGAGCAGCCAGGAGGGGAUGCAGAAGCCAGGAGCUGGAGACUGGGGCAU